AUGACGUCAAAUACAAGAUGGAUGGAAUCACGACUGCUUCAUGCUCAACGCAACUCUGAAACAAAGUCCAGUGUCGGAGCUCCGCGGCAUUCAAAGCCACCAAACUAGGGCAAAAUGGAGAGCCUGGGGCACUACUGUAACCCUGCCCAUGGUAUUUCACUGCUGGGUGCCCUCAAUGAGCAGCGGUUGAUGGGUCAGCUCUGUGAUGUUGUGUUGUUCGUGGGUGAUCAACAGUACCAGGCCCAUAAAAGCAUCCUUGCAGCCUGCAGUGAGUAUUUCCAGUCUCUGUUUUCCAGAAGAGACUCGGAGAACCGCUCCAUUGUUCAGCUUGACUUCUGUGAGCCUGAUGCUUUUGAGAUUGUGUUAAACUACAUCUACUCAUCAUCUCUGUUUGUGGAGAAAUGCAGUCUGGCAGCAAUACAGGAGCUGGGCUAUAGCCUCGGCAUUCCCUUUCUAACCAACAUCAUGUCUAUAAGACCUCAGGCGUCAUACUGUGUGUCGAGAAAACAAACGUUGCUCUCUGAGGAGGAGGAGGACGGCGCUUUGCAAAAGAGAAGUGUCAUUGUACAUCAAAGUCAGGGUGAACAGCCUAACGUGGAAAUGUUUCCAAGGAAAAGUUUGAGUCUUCAGGGAAAACCGUUUAAGCAGGUCACAGAGCAACCCUCGCUCACACACAACUUCAGUGAUCAGAGCCAAUCCUCAGGACACAUCAGACCAAAUGAGAAAGAAUCAAACAGUACCUCCAACAGCAGAAAUUUGGGUGACUGCAGAUCCAUCAUCUCCUCUCCAACGUCCAUACUGAGACAUCGAACUGAAUACCGAUCGCCAUCUACAAGGCCGCAACUAACGUCCUCUGUGUCAUUCAGUGAGUCUGUGCAGAAUGCUAGCCUACAAUCAGAUCAAACCGACACCACCGUCGAUGGCAGAAUGGAUGCAUCGCAUGAUUCCAGACCAGUGGGCGAACAACAUGGCCCACGCAACCAAAUCGUUGACCGAAGUGGGCCACUUAUUAAAAGUCUGCUACGCAGAUCAUUGUCUAUGGAUAGUCCGGUCCCCGUUUUUUCUCCCGCUCUGGAGCUAAAGGAUUCACAACAGCAUGUGGUCAAGUCAAUGGCCACAACAGCUAGGUCACCAUCCCCUGAAAAUGAGGACCGGGUGUCCAAAGAUAUGCCCUUUCUUCUCAGGUCUAGACAACGCAACGCGUACGAGACGGACGGCACUCAAACAACCCAACUCAGAAUCAAAGCGGAGCCCAGCAGUCCCCUUGCCGACCCUUCUGAAAUCGUUCGCAUCACUGUUGGAGACAACCUGCCGGUAAAUUUCAAAGACUUUCAGGCAAACUAUGAUGAAGGUCCCAGAGGGUAUUUUACUCCCUCGAUGAAGAGGAAGAGUAAGAUGGAUGGUAGUUAUAUGCCCUUUAAGAGAUCCAGGUCUGUCAAUGAGCAUCAUCCGUUUGAUGAGGUACCUUACAAUUCCAGCAUGGACACUAGUAACGAGGAACCUGGAGAACUUCGGCCAAACAAAAUGUUCAAGUGCUGGAACUGCCAGAAGGUGUUCAGGUCCAAUGCAGGUCUGUAUCGCCACGUGAACAUGUACCACAACCCAGAGAAGCCGUACGCUUGCGACAUCUGCCAUAAGCGCUUUCACACAAACUUCAAGGUCUGGACUCACUGCCAAACCCAGCAUGGCGUGGUGCAAAAUCCUGCACCCUCCUCCAGUUCCUAUUCGGUCCUGGACGAGAAGUUUCAAAGGAAGCUAAUCGACAUCGUCCGAGAGCGGGAGAUAAAGAAGGCCUUGAUUAUGAAGCUCAGGAGAACAAAGCAAGGCUUGCCGUCACAAUCCUUUGGCAGGAAAAGCAGGCGAUCGAGGUCCUACGGAUGCCCCUACUGUGGCAAAAUGUUUUACUUCCAGUCACACUUAAAGCUACACAUGAAGGGACACUCCGCUGAGCUGGCUAACCUUGACACGGAUGCUGAGAGAGACCUUCAAUACAAGCAACAGCAGCAGUUGGCACAUCUCAAAGAAAACCAAGACAAGGACGUAUUUUCUUGCCGGCUUUGCAAUGAGAAGCUGCCCUCUCUGCCUGAGUUAGAAGACCAUGAGAGGGCUUGCAGGUAUGCUACGGUCUGCCCAUACUGCGGACUCCGAUUCUCCAACACGGUCGUCAAGAAAGACCAUGAAGCUCACUGCAAGUACAAAAAGCUGACCUGCCUUGAAUGCAUGCGCACUUUUAAGUCCUCUUUCAGCAUUUGGCGUCAUCAGGUGGAAGUUCACAAUCACAAUAUGAUGAGUGUUAAGGAGCAGUUGACGCUCGGUCUGCAGGAGAGCAAUCACGAUGAAUCAUCCAAUGUGUUCGGAGUUCCUCCCUCCUCUCAAGAGUCGAUACGUGACCCCAGAGAGGAAGCAGUGUACAGCGACUCAUCCGUUCCACCCAUGUAUGAUUCGGAAGACUCGUCGUCUUAUGUCCCAGAGGACUUGAGUGCUCACGGUCAAGGGGAGCUGCAGGUCAAAGAGGAACCUCAAGAGGAAGCGGUAUCAGCCAAGGACAACGUGAGCACCGGAUCCGAGGAACCAGGCGUUUGGCCUUGCGAAAAGUGUGGGAAGCUUUUCAGCACCCACAAAGACCUGGAACGACAUCAGGAACUGCUUUGCCAUAUCAAGCCCUUCAUCUGCCACAUAUGUCACAAAGCGUUCAGGACCAACUUUCGUCUCUGGAGCCACUACCAAUCCCAUAUGUCCACACCUGAAGAGCCAGGGAUGAGAGAGAUUGACAGGCUUCCGUCCUCUCCAUCUCCUUCUCCACCUCUUACGAUUUCCAUCCCAGAGCCUCCAACUUCUCAAAAGGCGACCCAUUCUGGGGUGGACGCCUCAGAGGAGGAGCCCAGAGGCUCCAUGUCGCCGUCAACCAAGAAGCCAGAGCAGGACAAGACUAGCGACGAUGAGCCUGGGGAACAUUCACACGUCAAGACCAACAGUACAGACAAAGCCAUCACCCCGCAGGAAUCCGACACGCUUUUUUACCAUGCGCCAACCCUCUCUGCUCUCACCUUUAAACGGCAGUACAUGUGCAAAUUCUGUCACCGGACAUUUAAGACGGCUUUCAGUCUGUGGAGUCACGAGCAGAGCCAUGCGUAAACGCAGUUGUAGCCCUUAACCAUUGGAAUCAACUAACUUGGACGGUUUCUCUUUUAAACACGAAUUGCAGCCAAAACCCAGGGAUUUAUUAAUCAUACUUAAUAUAACUUAUUUCUAUAAACAGUAUUCAGAAUGCAUGCCAAGAGUUUCCCUGUAUAAUUUCUCUGAUUUUAGGUUUAUUGUUCAGUGAUCAAAAAAGACUGUUAAAUGAAACUGACUUCUUUCACUCUUCGAAUUAUUGCAAAUUUUGAUGACUUUUUUGGGUUAUUACGCAGAUGUACACCUCUCUUGUUUUAGUGGCCUUUAUGCGGUUGUUUAGCACUUUCAAGCAAUUCCAAAUAAACAUUGUUCUCUAUUAAAAGCACAGGCUGGUGUAGACAUGGCUCUUUAGUUAGAAAAGAUAGAUCCGUCACAUCCAAAACUACAAAUUAAUUCCCCCUUUUUUUAGUUUAUUUUUGGCCGAUUUAGAAAUUUCUGUUUCAUACACAAAGCUAUUAAAGGAGUAGUUCACCCAAAAAUGAAAUGCUGGUAAUCAAACUGUUUACGGUAGCCAUUGACUUGAAGCCAUUGACUUCUACAGAAGAAAGAAACUCAUACUGAAAUUGGAACAACACAAGGGUGAGUAGAUUGUCAAAUUUUUCAUUUUUGUGUGAGCUAUCCCUUUUAUAUUGAAUUGUUGCUUUGAUAAUUAUAAUACCAUAUAAAACGCAAAUCUUAAGCAGACUGAAAUGAAUAGGUAUCAAACUUUGUGAACAUUGACAGAGGUGAAGACAACAUGUUUAUAAUUUAAUUUCAACAUCGCUACUAGGGCUGUGAAGGGCGAUUAAUCGCAUCCAAAAUAAAAGUUUUUGUUUACAUAAUACAUGUGUGUGUUGUGUAUAUAUAA